UCCACUAACAGUUUAUGACAUGAAUUCAGGUGUUACUCGAACGACUCUUGAUCCGCCUGUUGAUAUUGUCGAGUGUUAUACAACAAUGAUGAAGGAUCACAAAGAUCAUGAAUUAACUCGACCAUUGUUACCUCCGCCACCACCACCACCUUUGAUUACACGAAUGUCUUUUUGUCGUGAUGAUGAUUAUGAAGAUCAAUGUGAUCAGAUCUAUGAAACUCCUAAUCCAACUUCUUGGCAUAUAGAUGUUUAA